UGCAUUCUGUCCCAACGUUUUUGGAAAUGGGUUUGUAAUAUAAUUGAUUACAAGUCAGUGACAGGUACAAUGAUUACAUCCAAAAAUGACAUUUAUUGGAUUACUUUUACAUGCAGAAAGGAUUUAUACAGAAAAAAGCCUCUCAGCAGGAAUGCCAACACAACCAUGUGAACAGUAAAUUCAACACCAAUAUGUGAGCAGUAAAGUCUAGACUAAAAUAUGUGAGCAGUAAAGUCACCAGUAAUGCCGACACUAAACCCGAUGAGGAGUAAUGGCAACACUAAACCCUGUAAGCCACAAAGCAGGUGUUUAGUAUAACCUCGAUUGUACCAACAGGUCAGAGGCAUUAUAGCUCCUACACAUAGAACACUGUUCUAAAACGGCUUGGGAUUCCCUUCAGAACCUGUGUGAGUAGACUUCCUGGGUUCCGGUAGACUUCCUGGUUAAGCAGCGUGAUAGCAACGAAUAACCACCAGGACCGCAUCGUAUUUUUUUCGGAAGACAUACUGUAACUCGACAAUGACAGUUACAGCGAUGAAGCAGACCUGAAUCGCAAAUGCGGGAGAAAAACUGGUGUUACAUCCAAAAUGUUUGCUAUUAAUUUGCAUCAGUCAACAAUAACAUCAAUAACCUGAACUCAUUGUUUAGUAAAACAUUGUAGCCUACAACUACAAACAUUGUAGUUCUCAGCAUUUUGAAAACAAUAUAGCCUAUUCGUUGUUUCAGACAUUUCCUUUUUUUGUCCUGAUUUAAUUAAUUACUAAACUAAAAUCUAAGAACAUUAAUUUGACACCUAAAAUUGUUGUGGAGUCGAUUGGGUGUGGUUGUGGUAUUCCUCUCAAGAGUGGACACGCCGACACUAGAUGGCAAUAUAACUCCCUCGGAUUUGAUUACUUGGAAAGAAUAGUCCAAAGCCCCGAGGCAGAGUAAGCUCGAAUUGUCUGGAAAUACAAUGGAUAGAAUAGAGAAAACAGAAGGGAAUCUACCAUGUGUUUAUUACCGUUCCAUUUACUUAAUUCCGUCAAUGAUUCUACCUGCAGCCUGGAUCCCACGUGUGGGAUCCCACAUGGGACGAAACAAAGCAGAGAGAAGAACAAGAAGAGCAACAAACAGAACCAGCGGACCCAAAACCAAGGGGAGGGGAUACGAAGAAACAGGUGUGAGUUUCUUCCUCUGUUCAUCCUCCAUCUGGCCAACCUCCAACCUCCACAUCGGCAAGACAGACUGGAGAGCAUGAAUGUGGACACAGCACCGUGGGUCUUCCUGGUGGGGCUGCUCCUGGUCAUGGCGGGGGUGAGCCAGUGUCUGCAGGAGGACAGGGGUCAGCAAAUCAACAACCUGCUGGGAGACUCAAAGGAGAUCCUGGCCCUGGAAGGCGAGGACAUGGGACAGGAAGAGGAGUUGGACAACCGUUUCCUGGCGGCAGCAAUUCGUUCUCUGCUCCGGGAAUCUCCGAGAAACAUUCGUAACCCCUCUGUACUCCACCAGCCUCAGAGGUUUGGCCGCAACUCCAGAGGAGAUCUGGUGACCGGGGACAGGAUACACUCCCGAGACUGGGAGCAGGCUCCAGGACAUAUCUGGGGCAUGGCUGUGCCGCAGAGAUUUGGAAAGAAAUAGGAUUCGAUUGGGGCUCGCACACGCAAACAAAGGAACUGGAUUCGAAUCGGUAAUAAUCACCGACCAGGAAAAA